AUGAAUGCCCGAACCCUGGAUUCGAACUACCUCAACAAGGUGUGUGUGCUGACUGCUCAGCCCUGCCAGGGACCAGAGCUGGUUCUCACCGUACAGUUUGCAACACUCCAGUGUGACGCCAUUGCAUUUCAUCGUCACCACACUGACCUUCGUGUGAUGCUUCAGUUCCUCUCGCCUUCUCCUGUCCUCCGCAUUGCCCUCCCUCUCCCCUUCUCCCCAUCCCAGUCGCUGUACACAUUCAACACGGCAGUGGUGACGCCCAUCUACUACUUCAUGUUCACCACACUCACCUUCGUCGGAUGCCUCAAGUCUUUGCCUCUCAUCUCUCUCCCUUCCCCUCCCCCUCGCCGCCCUUACCAGUCCCUAGACACAUUCAACACGGCAGUGGUGACGCCCAUCUACUACGUCAUGUUCACCACACUCACCAUAGUGGCGUCGGUCAUAAUGUACAAGGCCUGGGCGGGGCAGACGGGGGAGCAGGUGCUCAUGGAGCUCUGCGGCUUCCUCACCAUCCUCAUCGGCACCUACCUGCUGCAUGCCACCAAGGACUUUGCUGGGGACUCCUCCCGCUUACACCUCUUCGACCCUUCUGCCCAUACGUGCACGUCUUUCCCUCCUCUGCCGUGUUCUCUCUCUUCCCCUUCUCUCCCGUAUGCUCUCGCUUCCUCACCAUCCGCAUCGGCACCUACCUGCUGCACGCCACCAAGGACUUUGCUGGGGACACCUCCCGCUUGCAUCUCUUUGACCCCUCCGCUCCACGUCACUGGAUUCGACCACAAGGCCGCGAAUGCUUCUGUUAGUGCUGGGUUGAAUCCUUGUGCGGCUCCUUGCACGUCACUGGAUUUGACCACAAGGUCCGUCUCCUUGCCCACCGCGUGGGCCCUCCUGCUCUAA